CCCUUUUCUCCUCAGGAAGGAUACCAACUACCUUGAGCUAUUAUUAUUCCUUCUUAUUUCCUCUCCUAAGUUUCGACUCAAAACAUUCACAAACAAAGAACUUUAAAUACUUGUCUAGCUCAUUCUCUCUUUUCCAUCAUUUCUUUUAACAUGGAGACGAUCACUCAAAAUGGUCACCACAAGGGGUCUUUGGAGAGCUUUUGCACUGCUUCAAAGGGUGCCGGUGGAGCCGUUGAUCCUUUGAAUUGGGGUGUUGCAGCUGAGUCACUCAAGGGGAGUCAUUUGGAUGAAGUGAAACGCAUGGUGGCUGAAUACAGGAACCCAUUGGUGAAGCUUGGUGGGGAGACCUUGACAAUUUCUCAAGUUGCAGCCAUUGCUACACGUGACUUGGGUGUCAAGGUUGAGCUUUCCGAGGAUGCUAGGGCUGGCGUCAAGGCCAGUGCUGAUUGGGUCCUUGAUGGCAUGAACAAAGGCACUGACAGCUAUGGUGUUACCACUGGUUUUGGUGCUACUUCUCAUCGAAGAACCAAGCAAGGAGCAGCCCUUCAAAAAGAGCUCAUUAGGUUCUUGAAUGCUGGGGUCUUUGGCCAUGGAACUGAGUCAUGCCACACACUUCCUCACUCGGCAACCAGGGCAGCUAUGCUUGUUAGGAUCAACACCCUUCUCCAGGGUUACUCUGGCAUUAGAUUUGAGAUUUUGGAGGCAAUUACAAAGCUUAUCAACAGCAACAUAACUCCAUGUUUGCCACUUCGUGGCACAAUUACUGCCUCUGGGGAUCUUGUUCCUCUUUCCUACAUAGCUGGAUUGCUCACAGGCAGGCCGAAUUCCAAGGCCGUAGGACCGAACGGUGAACCCCUUGAUGCGGAGGAAGCCUUCCGUGUAGCCGGUAUCGAUUCCGGGUUCUUUGUGUUGCAACCUAAAGAAGGCCUUGCUUUAGUCAAUGGCACUGCAGUUGGUUCAGGCAUGGCUUCCAUGGUUCUUUUUGAAGCUAAUAUUCUGGCUGUUCUGUCAGAAGUUUUAUCAGCAAUUUUCGCUGAAGUCAUGAAUGGUAAACCUGAGUUCACUGACCAUUUGACGCAUAAAUUGAAGCACCAUCCAGGACAAAUUGAGGCAGCAGCUAUAAUGGAACACAUACUUGAGGGGAGUUCUUAUGUUAAAGCAGCAAAGAAGUUGCAUGAAAUGGAUCCCCUGCAGAAACCGAAACAAGAUCGGUAUGCUCUGAGGACUUCUCCACAGUGGCUUGGUCCACAGAUUGAAGUGAUUAGAUUCGCAACUAAAUCAAUUGAAAGAGAGAUCAACUCUGUGAAUGAUAACCCUUUGAUCGAUGUUUCAAGGAACAAGGCGCUACAUGGUGGCAACUUCCAGGGUACCCCGAUUGGAGUGUCAAUGGACAAUGCUCGUUUGGCUAUUGCAGCUAUUGGGAAACUAAUGUUUGCCCAAUUCUCUGAACUUGUUAAUGAUUUCUACAACAAUGGUCUCCCAUCAAACCUCUCUGGUGGUAGGAACCCAAGUCUGGAUUAUGGUUUCAAAGGUGCUGAAAUAGCAAUGGCUUCCUAUUGUUCUGAGCUUCAAUACCUUGCUAAUCCGGUCACUAGCCACGUUCAAAGUGCUGAGCAGCACAACCAAGAUGUUAACUCCUUGGGACUAAUCUCUUCAAGGAAAACUGCUGAGGCUGUUGAUAUUUUAAAGCUUAUGUCCUCUACAUACUUGGCGGCACUUUGUCAAGCUAUUGAUUUGAGGCAUUUGGAAGAGAAUUUGAGGAGCACAGUGAAGAACACCGUGAGCCAGAUAGCUAAGAAAGUCCUCACUACUGGUGCCAAUGGUGAGCUUCACCCUUCAAGAUUCUGUGAGAAGGAUCUACUAAAAGCAGUGGACAGGGAAUAUGUUUUCGCUUACAUCGACGAUCCCUGCAGUGCUACCUACCCGUUGAUGCAAAAGCUGAGGCAAGUACUUGUUGAGCACGCAUUGACAAAUGGUGAAAAUGAGAAGAAUGCAAGCACUUCAAUCUUCCAAAAGAUUGCAGCUUUUGAAGAAGAAUUAAAGGCUGUUUUGCCAAAGGAGGUGGAGAGUGCAAGGGCAUCAGUUGAGAAUGGAAAUGCUGCAAUCCCUAACAAGAUCAAGGAAUGUAGAUCCUUCCCGCUGUACAAAUUUGUGAGGGAAGAGCUUGGAACUGGGCUGCUAACUGGAGAAAACGUUAUGUCACCUGGUGAGGAGUUUGACAAGGUUUUCACAGCUAUGUGCCAAGGGAGGAUCAUUGAUCCAAUGCUGGAAUGUCUCGAGGAAUGGAAUGGUGCCCCUCUUCCAAUCUGCUAGUUUGCUUUAUUUUUUAUAGUUGAGAUGUGAAAUCCAAAUCUUUCGCAUUUGUUGUUGGAAUUUCCCUGUAAAACAAGUUACUUAACUAAAUGAAUCCAUUUUCACAA